AUGAAGGAGAAGUCCAAGAAUGCGGCCAAGACCAGGAGGGAGAAGGAAAAUGGCGAGUUUUAUGAGCUGGCCAAGCUGCUCCCGCUGCCGUCGGCCAUCACCUCGCAGCUGGACAAGGCGUCUAUCAUCCGACUCACCACCAGCUACUUGAAGAUGCGGGCCGUCUUCCCCGAAGGUUUAGGAGACGCGUGGGGACAGCCAAGCCGCGCGGGGCCCCUGGACAGGGUCGCCAAGGAGCUGGGAUCGCACUUGCUUCAGACUUUGGAUGGAUUUGUUUUCGUGGUAGCAUCUGAUGGCAAAAUCAUGUAUAUAUCGGAAACAGCUUCUGUGCAUUUGGGCUUGUCUCAGGUGGAGCUCACGGGCAACAGUAUUUAUGAGUACAUCCACCCUUCCGACCACGACGAGAUGACAGCAGUGCUUGCGGCCCACCAGCCCCUUCACCAUCACCUGCUCCAAGAGUAUGAGAUAGAGAGGUCAUUCUUUCUGCGGAUGAAGUGUGUCUUGGCGAAAAGAAACGCGGGCCUGACAUGCAGCGGAUACAAGGUCAUCCACUGCAGUGGCUACUUGAAGAUCAGGCAGUAUAUGCUGGACAUGUCCCUGUAUGACUCGUGCUACCAGAUCGUGGGGCUGGUGGCCGUGGGCCAGUCGUUGCCGCCCAGUGCCAUCACAGAGAUCAAGCUGCAUAGUAACAUGUUCAUGUUCAGGGCCAGCCUCGACCUGAAGCUGAUCUUCCUGGAUUCCAGGGUGACCGAGCUGACCGGGUAUGAGCCACAGGACCUGAUCGAGAAGACCCUCUACCAUCACGUGCACGGCUGUGACGUCUUCCACCUCCGCUACGCACACCAUCUCCUGCUGGUGAAGGGCCAAGUCACCACCAAGUACUACCGGCUGCUGUCCAAGCUGGGUGGCUGGGUGUGGGUGCAGAGCUACGCCACUGUCGUGCACAACAGCCGCUCGUCCCGGCCACACUGCAUCGUGAGUGUCAAUUAUGUCCUCACGGAUAUCGAAUACAAGGAACUGCAGUUGUCCCUGGACCAGGUGUCUACGUCCAAGUGCCAGGACUCCUGGAGGACUGCCUUGUCUACCUCACAAGAAACUAGGAAAUUAGCUAAACCCAAAAAUACGAAGAUGAAGACAAAGCUGAGAACAAACCCUUACCCCCUACAGCAAUACAGCUCGUUCCAAAUGGACAAACUGGAAUGCAGCCAGCUGGGAAACUGGAGAGCCAGCCCCCCGGCGAACGUCCCGGCGCCCCCAGAACAGCAGCUCCAUUCAGAGAGCAGCGACCUUUUGUACGCCCCGUCCUACAGCCUGCCCUUCUCCUACCAUUAUGGACACUUCCCUCUGGACUCUCACGUCUUCAGCAGCAAAAAGCCAAUGUUGCCGGCCAAAUUCGGGCAGCCCCAAGGAUCCCCGUGUGAGGUGGCACGCUUUUUCCUGAGCACCCUGCCAGCCAGUGGUGAAUGCCAGUGGCAUUACGCCAACCCCUUAGUGCCUAGCAGCCCGUCUCCAGCUAAAAACCUCUCCGAGCCACCGGUGAACACUGCUCGGCACGGCCUCGUGCCAAACUAUGAAGCGCCCGCCGCCGCCGCGCGCAGGUUCGGCGAGGACACCGCGCCGCCGCCGCCGCCGCCACCGCCGCCGCCGCCGCCGAGCUUCCCGAGCUGCGGCCACUACCGCGAGGACCCCGCGCUGGGCCCGUCCUAUGGCCAAGCCUUCCCCCUUGGACCCUAA